CUUGGUCUCACGUAUGGGGCUUCACACAUAGGGAGCUCCGCACCUCAUGCACGAAUGAGCUUGCUGGGGUCCACGCGCUAGCAUCAUUAUGAACGGGUUGUAGCCUUUGGUUGCGACGCCAUGGUCAAUAAUCACAGCCUGGAGGUUGCAAACGUGUUUGGCUGGGUGAUGCUUCAGUUUGUCAUCACCCUGCUGGUGAACAUAUUCGCCCUGGUGCUGGCCGCACUGAGCACCUCGAGAACCCACGCAUGCGCUUGGGACUGGGCUUCCGAACGCGCCAGGAGUUCCAUGGGGUGCAUCACUUGUUUGACGGGGAGGUGUGCAUUUGAGAUCGCGGCGGUGCUGGUCGUGUACACGUUUCUGGUUGCUUGGGCCCUCGGCGGCGUUGCGUUGGUCGUGUCCAUCUUGCUCGUGCAGGUGGCGCUGGUUUGCAAGGGCGGCCAGAGCGUCAUUGACUCGGCUUCCGAUCUCGCGACGAAGUUGGAAGAUUUCCAGACCAACCACGAGAGGAUUGCCCCAGGCUGGCUUGAGAUCACGUUUACAGGCGCAGAUCUUGCAAAGUUCUGCGACGCCUCUGGCGACGUCGGAAGGUCGACCCUGGUGCUAUUUCUUGGCUGCGUCCUGCUCACCCUGAGCCAGUUCUGCAUGUCAGCCAACGUCUACGGCAAUCGCGGCCGCAUGCUUCACAGAAGAAUUGGCGGCACGGGCGAAGAUGGAGAAGGCGGCUGCGAAGGCAGCGAGGACUCCAGCGACGAGGAUGACGAAGAGGAGACAGGGGAACUGGGCAGUCGCAGCCCGCAGACCACAGCGGCAACAACGACAGUGGCACACAGUGGCACGCCGGCGCGCUGGAUCAGCAUGAGCCGGCGGCUCGCCCUUGCCGGGCACUCUUCAAAUAACACCAAGACCGUAAUGAUAUAUCCCACCGCGCAGCGAUCCUAAAGGAGUUCGCUGCUGCUGCGCUGGAGGCUGGCGCAAGCGCGCACGGGCGCGAGCGAGAGCGCGCAGACGCCGCCCGGACCGCCAGCGACCUGCGCGCGCGCGAGAGUCCGCCGUGCCCACCUCCGAUGUUCUCCUCUGC